AUGGCAGACGAGGACCUCUUGACGCUUGUGAUACGCUAUCUGACCCAGUAUGUGCCUGCCUCCCUCGUCUACGCCAUCCUCGGCGCUGGCCAGAAGCUGUACACGUCCACGCAACGAGCGCUCAUCGAGAGAGACUCGACUGCGGUGGUUCAGCUCGUGAUCACCUUCUUGACGGUCUACUUGAGCUUGCGGACUGCCGUGAAUACCGUCAGAAGCGUCUUUGGACUCACCUGGUUCCUCGCCAAAUGGGGUCUCAUCGGCUCCUCCGUCCUCGCUGCCGUUGGCGGCCUCGACAAGCUCAGAGGCGGAAAGGGCUCCCUUCUGAGCGAUCAAGGAAGGGGCUCCACCGCAUCUCGCUGGGCAUCCGGCAUUGGACGCAAGGGAACGGGCUACUGGGCAAACUACCUCCAGAACACCAUGUCGGCCGGCUCAUCGCCUUUGACGCAGCAGUCCCUCUUCAACUCUCCCAACGCGUCGCCCGACGCAGAGGAAGAUGUCGUGCGAUCCACGCUCGAGAGCCUGCUCGGCUUCUGGACCGGGGACGACGGUGCUCCGAGCAAGAGCACAAGAUCCACAGGCGCCCGCCGUGCCAAGAAGUCAGGCGGCUCGAGAGCGCACAGAAGCGCAAAGGCAGACGUUGUGACUGCCGAAGACCUGCUAUCAGCUCUGACUCAGUCCAGUCGGAAGCCUUGGACAAAGCUCAAGUCACUCUUUGCAGGAACGGCCAGCUCAUCAGCACGCAAGCGUACCUCUCGCAAUCGAUGA